GAUGGCGCGUUCAGUUGUAGUUUACGCGUCGGCCGCAGCACAACGCAUUCGAGCAGGCGGAAAAAAGAAAACAACCGUUGUGUGCGCAAAGCAAAGUGUACGAUAUAGGCAAAGACAGACAUCAGCAAAGCGCAGUUCAGUGUGCUGCCUGGCCAGUGCUGUUUCGUAUUGUGUUAUCAGUGGCGGCAGCGACAGACCGAAUUGUAACGUUGACAGGUGGAGCGCAGGUGGCGGCAGAGCCUUUGGGCAAAAAGCCACAAAGACCAAAGUAAAUUAUACACUUAAAAGCAACAAUACAAAUACAAAUACACGUGUACGUGUGUAUAAAUAUAUAUUUUAUUAAGCGCUGGUCUCCUAUAUACACAUAAUUUGGAGUGUGGAGUGUGUGUGUGUGUGUGCGUUUGUGAACUGCCUACCUUCCUGUCUCGGUGUGUGUUUGUUUGCUGUUCGCGCCUCUCAAUUAACGCCCCGGACAGAGUACGAGGCUUCAGUCAGCCGCACACAACAACAAAAACAUAGCCGCAACAUUAACAACAACAACAACAACGAGUACGAGAACACACUAAAAGCAGUAGCAAUAAUUAACGACAACGCGCCCGAAACGGACGCAAAAUAAACACAAAAUUAAAUAAGCAAGAAAACAAAAGAAAAAAAAACUUAAGAAAACGCAAAGCAAAGGAAAAGCGCAACAAGAGGCGCAAAUAGCUGCUGCUGCUGCUUAAAUGCUUUGGCAAUUAAGCCAAAAAUUGUUAACAAAAUGCGCAAUGCAUAAAAUUAAACAACAACAACCAGCAACAACAACAAUAACAACAGCGACAACAACAACAACAAAAGCUGAACUUUGGACGCGCAGGACGGCGACGACAGGUGGCAGUUUGGCGGCCCGCAGCGCCGUCGCCGUCUCAUUGAAUUAAUUUCAACGAAUAGGCCGAAACGGCACGUAGAUUGCCGCCGGCUGGAGAACAAACAAAAAGAAUUGUAAAACGAAAAGCUGAAAAACCAUAAGUAAAUGUAAAGAGCCAACUAAAAGUAUUUCCACAGCCGAAAUCAACGACUGUCAACUUUCGAUUGGCGUUUGUCGCGUUUCUCGCUUUUUAUUGAUUUUAUAUAAAAAAAAAAAAUAAUAAAAACCACAACAACAAAGACAAAUGGCAUUGAACGGCGGCAAAAGAAAUAAACAAAAAACAAAAGCAAACGCAAUGUGAAUAAUUUUACUCAAUUGUAGCACGAAACAACAAGAACAAAAGAGAAAUAUAUAUAUAUAUAUAGAUAAGCACCUUUCAGCUCGGAUGAUUCAAGACAACGCACACAUACACUGGCACACACACAGCGCCACACACAAGAAGCCCAUAAAAGUGUGCUAUAAAAACGCAUAAAUUCAAACAAACAAACAAUGAAAAAAGCCAACUAAAGUUCAAUUUAAAGUUGACACAAAAGCAAAGAUAAUACGAGAAAACACACAAAAAUUAACCCCAGCUGACAACAAGAAACAAACAAACAAAGAAGAAGAACAAGAACAACAACAGUUACAAUUACAAUUACAAUGCCUAAUUGGCCAGGACAAUAGCGUAAAGCGAAGCAACGAAUAGGCAACAACUGGAAGCAGCAAAACGACAAAAAGCAAGACUGAUUUUUAUGUGUUUAGUUAGCUUUUUAUUCAAACAAACCCAAAACUGAAAACUACAAAAUAUAACUAGAAUAAAACCACAACGAAUGCAAGAUACGAAGCGGAAACCUUAGGAAAUUCCCCAUUUUCCAGGACAACAGCAACAACAACAAAAUUAUCAGCGCCCAUCAUCAGCAGCAACUGAAAUUGAAACUAUUGAAGCAAUCGCAGCGCAAUGUUUGUGUUCAUUGCCGUCCUGUUGGUCAAUACCUGUCUGGCUGGUACCAUACCAGCUACGCCGGAAAAUAUAACCGUAACAUUUCUAACGCCCACCGCAGUGCGUGUCUCGUGGCAAACGCAGAUUGAUCUGAAGGCGCAUCCCAUUGAGAAAUACAUUGUGACCUAUAAGCCCACAGAUGACAGGGUUGUACAGGACGUUGCCGGCAACAGCGAGGCCAUUGUCCUGGACCGUCUGCUGCCCAGCACACAGUAUUCCCUAUCUGUCACAGCCAUUUGGAUGGGCAAAAAAUAUCGCAGUCGCGGCCAGAUUAAAUUUCGCACUCUCGAUCUGCCCAAGAACACAUCACAGCAGGACUUUCCGCCGGGCAUCUAUGGCCGCAAUGGCUCCGGCAAUGGCAGCGACGAUGUCACCUCCACGGCCACCAAUACGCUGACGCACAGAACAGCGCGGGAGCUGCCAACGAUACGUGGCGUAGAGAUUGGCAUUGUGCUCAUCGUUCUGAUGGUUUGGGCGGGCGCCAUUGCGCUGUUCUUCAAUCGCUGGGGCAAGAUCCGUAUGCUGUUGCCCUAUCAGCCGGACUACAAGCACGAGCAGCUCAAGGUGCCCGGCACGGGCGUGUGCAGCGCCAGCGGCUGCAAUGGCCAGCACUCGCAUCAGAACCUACACCCCGAUUUCUUUGUCAAGUGCUUGCCCCGCUGCGAGGGCUGCGGCAUCUUUGAUCGCUGCUUUCAGUAUCCGCGCCGGGAGCUGGAGCGCGAUUGCGGCUGCCAGUUUGCGCUGCUCCACAAGGCGGACGUGGAGAGCUAGCAACCAGUGCAUCGUGAACCGGUCACGCCCACAACGGCAGUUAGCCAUAGCCAUGGCACGCCCAUCAAUACGUAUGUGCGCGGACCCAGCGUCGACAAUCAGUCCAUUGUGGGCGCCCAUGUGCUGGAUCAUGUGGAUAGCAUAGAUAGUGCUGUGCCCGAUAGGGAUGCGGAUGAUGUGCAUGCAGAUACGGAUGCCAGAGAUAACGGCUACCCGCCAGCCGAGGAUGAGCAGUUGCUGCAACGAGAGCCAGCACCGCAACGCCUGCUGCCCCUCUCGGUCAACAGUCAUGUCAAGCAGCGUCGGUUUGCGCAACAGCGCAGCAUACUAAAGAACUCGCAGGAGCGCACCUUUGUCGAGGAGAACGAGGUGCUCGAGGCCAAGAAGCAAUUGAUAUUGCGCCGACGGCGCCUCUUCAGCCACUAUCGGCAAUACGAUCAGUGGCGACGGCGACAGUUCAGCUAUGAUCCCAGUUACUUUCGCCCGCCUCCGUUGCCGUCUAGACCGUUGGCAUAUGCUGAUUACGGCACAGCUGCCGUCGGUAAUGCCGGUGUCGGCAUCAACAUUGGCGCACCCAUCGGAUCUGGAGUCGGCAGCUCCGCAUCUGCUGCGGCCAAUGUUGGACGCCGGCGUCGACAGUACCGGCGACAGUAUUCGUGCGCCGAUCGCAGCCGGGAUGGAUCGCGCGAGAGUCGCGGCUCGUCCACGCUGCAGCUGCAGAAAUAUCACAGCAUGGUCGCCAGCGAUACCAUACACACCGAAUCGUCCAUGCUCAAUCACAGCAACUACAGUGAACCGGCCAGCCACAUCCACAUGCUGGCGGAGGAGCGCUCCACAUCGAUAUCGGAACGCUGCACGCGCAGUCGCAUCAAUUCGGCCAUAUUCGUCUCGUCGGAGGGUCGCGGAUUCGAUUCCAUUGAGUUCCUGCGCCGCCAUGGCUCACAGAGUGUGCUCUGUCGCAAGGCCAAGAGUGCCGAGAAUAUUACCGACAAUGGACGCAGGAAGAGUCUGCGUCCGUGGCGCACAGAUGAUGACUCCGUCCAGCAGCAGCAGCAGCAAAACUCUUCCCAGGACAUUGAAAUGAAGGAGUGCGGCGGCAACGCUGGCGAGCUGCUAACGCUGCCCGUGCUCCACGACGCCAAGCAACCGAAAACAGCUGUGACUAGUUUGCUGGCGCGUGCCUCUGCUAUUACCACGGCCAAUGUCAUAGUAGGCAGCAUUUCACUGGAGGCACCACCGCCGUAUAUGCAAGACGAUGACACCAACUCUAUAUCAGCGUUGAUUCACAGCGAUGCCUCGGCCAUUGUGCACGAUUCACAGGAUUCUGCGGAAACAGUCGAGGAACUGGUGCAUGUGCCGCUGCUGGCCAGUGCAACGGCCACAUCCUCCAUUUCUGCCGCCUCCACGCCCAGCAUUGCCAUAGAGGCUAAGCCGCGUGUGCUAGUGCAUCAGCGCUCAUCGACGGCCUCCUCAUCGCCGCACAGUAGCCCCAAAAAUCUGAGUCUCGGCCUUAAGAUAAUCAAACCCAAGAUCGGUGCCGUGCCAAUGGUUUCCGUGUCGGGACCAUCGCCUCCAAUUGAGAAGCCGCCGCUGGCAGAAUGCUUGUAACAGAUGGCAGCCGAAACAUUUAUCUAAGCGCGCUCAUUCAAGGCAACUGGAUACCCAGUCCCAGUCACAGAAGAAGCACCAGACACAGCAAAACACUCACUCGCACACACACACACACACACACACAAACGACGCCCAAUCCUUGACUCAGAUGGAAAGGUAAUAAGAAGUAUGCCAGCUGCUCAAAUAAGUGUUUCGGUAAAGCUGGGGAGGAUUAACACGCCUCUUCAGGCAGUAGAAGUAGAUGUAGAUGUAAGAGUAGACAUAGGGCAUAGGGCGUAGGUGUAGUUAUUGUACCAAAACAAAAUAGAGGGCAUCGAAAUAUUGCAAGAAAGCUUUGUAUAUUCAACAAUGACUGAAGUAUACAUAUAUGAACAUUAAAAAAAAAAUAUAUAGACGAUGUUUAUACGGCGUUAUAUACACACACAACUGAUAAAUCAGCUUUAACGACAAACAAGUAAACUAUCAGGCUUUAAUAUUAUGAUGAAUUUCUGGUUUAACCCUAGACAUAGGCAGACUAACAACCUGUUGAUAAAGUUAUAUACUCCUAAUUGUUCUCCUAUACCGAUAUAUACCUAUAAUAUAUACAUAUGUAUACACACACAUAUUAAUAGUUAUAGCCAAACCUAGGGCACUCUACACAUGUUUAUAUACAUAUAUACACCUCUAUGAGUAUAUAUUUUCACUAACAGCCUAUACACGUAUACCCUAAAGGUAGUUGAAAUACCCACUAAAUAGCUUGUAGGCACAAAUAUUGAACCUAGUCAAAAAUGUUACUUACUUAUCUUACCUACUAGCUAACAUAUCAAAUACCCACGACCAAAAACGAAACGUUGAAACUGUAAACUAGUCUAUAAAUUUAAAUUCCUAUAAUGAUAUUGUAAUUUUUGUCAAGUAAGAAAGUGCCCAGGAUGAGUUCUAAGUGUUUUUAAAACUACUUGUACUUGUACGUUUAUGUAUAGAUGUCAUUUUAAACGAAAUAUACUUCUUUAUAGCUAUAGAUAUAGAUAUAGAGAAAUAUAGGUGUGUGUACGAACUCAUAAUGUAUCCUCUUAGUGUCUAAGCGUGCAUUUUCAAACAGUUUCACUUGAUGUACCUAUCAUGCAUAUAUGUUAGUUAUAUCGAUUAUAGAACUGAUGGCAGCGCAGAAACCAUUUGCUCUCUCUUCUCUAGUUAGUUCUUUAAACUUUACUUAUGUUACUUAAAUUCUCUGAGCAAUACUUGCUUGAAUAAUCCCCUACUAAUAAUACCAUUUAACUUAAACUAUGCACACUGUUUCAACAAUUCUUAUGUAUAUACACACGCACUCUACUAAGCUCGUUUAAACCCACUAUGAAUACAACACGAACUCCAUACGCAACUAACAACUGAAACAUUUCUAAACUGGAUUAUCCGAAUGGAACACGAAAUGUUGUUAUUAAGGAAUUGUCAAAUUAUGGUCCAAAGCUACAAUAAAAAACAUGAAACAAAUACCAUUUGAAUGGGUAAGAAUUAAGCUUAACUAAGUUAUAGUUGGUCUACGUUCAAUUCGCGAUUAAAUAAAAAAUAUAUGGAUGUGUAUUUUUUGAAAUCAAAUAAACGAAUUACUUAAUUAACAUGUGA